AAUCGAUCCAUCUGGACCAUAUCUACAGAGAUUUUGAAAAAAAAAAAGAAAAACUGUAUCCUUCUCCCCCGUCCCUGGUAUCCACCCAUAAACCCUUUCUCCUUUUCUCCAUCUCCAGCAUUCACCCCCCCCUCUCUCUCUCUCUCUCUGUGUGUGCUCGUCGGGAAUAUUGGUUGGAAAAGAGAAAGCUUCGAUUCUUCCUCUCUUUACAGUACUAGGGUUUUGUGCUCCGAGGUUUUGCUGCAUUCAGGCUAUGCGGCUGGCUGAGACAAUAGACAGAGCUUCUCUUUCUGAGGAUAAUGACGCCAAAGAUUUCGUUUUGGGCUGUUUUGGGAUUGAUGAUCAUAUCCAACAUGUCACCUUCCCUCGGAUAUACUGAUCCAAGAGAUGCCUGCUACAUGACUCUUUAUAGUUCAUUAUAUGCUAUCAAUAACUUAUAUGCUGCACUGGGCUUCCCUCCACUUUCUGGAUGGAUCUCACUGGGUGGAGACCCCUGCUCUGAGGGCUGGCAAGGUGUUCAAUGUGUCAUCUCAAAUAUAACAGCAAUAGUUCUUAAUGGUACAAAUUUGGGAGGACAGCUGGGUGAUAAGUUAGAUAAUUUUGCAACCAUCAUUACCUUGGACUUUAGCAAUAACCAUAUUGGGGGAAGUAUUCCAGAAAAUCUACCUUUUACAAUGCGAGAAUUUUUUCUAUCAGAUAACCAAUUUACUGGAAGCAUCCCAAAUUCUUUGUCAGAACUAAGCCUCCUAGCAAACAUGUCAUUUAGUGGAAAUCACUUAGGUGGAGAAAUUCCUGAUGCCUUUGAGCCUCUAACUAGCCUAGUAAAUCUAGAUCUUUCUUAUAACAACUUGAGUGGUCCAUUACCUCUUUCAAUGGGAAGCUUGUCAUCUUUGACUACUCUGCAUAUUCAGAACAAUCGGCUGACUGAUUUCCUUGAUGUUCUGCAAGAUCUUCCCCUACUAGAUUUGAAUGUUGAAAACAAUCUAUUUUCUGGACCUGUGCCAGCAAAGUUGCUAAGUAUUCCUAAUUUUAAAAAGGAUGGUAAUCCGUUCAACACAACCAUUGCACCAUCACCCAUGUUGCAACCACCAUUGUCACCAUCACCAAAGCCUGUUUCAGUUCCACCUGUCCCCAAAAGCAUGCCCAUAAAUACUACAGAGGGACCAAUUGGCCAAACUGUAAGAGGAAAAAGUUUUUCGACAACAGUAGUUGUUGGCUGUAUGGUCGGUGCAGCGGCUUUGUUACUUGUUGCUGUGCUAUUACUUAUGCUUUGUAAAUCAAAGAAGAAAGAAAGAAACUUUAAGCACAAGGAUAUUUUCAAGACACAGGACAGGGAGGAGCAUGGUUCCCUCCACGAAUAUUGUAAGUAUGAUGAUUUGAUCAAGACAGACCAUGUAAUUGAGAGAGCUCCUAAGAAUGCUUUUGAUGUACCAAAAACUGAAUCUCAGAUUGACAUUGCUGUAACCUCAGUUCAGAGAGAGGCUUUGGAGAAACAGAAGGAACAAGGAUUAAAUAUGUCAGUAAUGGGUGUCAUUACAAAGCGACCAUCUUCUGGAGGAAAAGUUAGUGUGAAGUAUACAGCGCCCGGUAGAAAUAGUAUUGGGUCAUCUGCUGGGAAUGCAUGCUUGCCAACUCCUGUGACAUCCUUUUCUGUUGCUUCUCUUCAGCAAUACACCAACAGUUUUGAUGAGGAUAAUCAUAUAAGAGAUGGCACUUGGGGAAAAGUAUAUCUUGCUGAGCUACCUAAUGGAAAGUUAUUGGAAAUUAUGAAGCUUGGGAAUGUGAUCUCAAAAAUGGCUUCCGAUGAGUAUGUUCAGCUUGUGUCAAGCAUCUAUGAACUUCGGCAUCCUAACAUUUUAGACCUUGUGGGUUAUUGUGCGGAGUUUGGACAACGGAUACUUGUGUAUAACUACUAUAAAACAAGCACCUUGUGUGAUGCACUUCAAUAUGAAGCUGGGCAACUGUCAUGGAAUGCCCGACUUCAUGUCGCUCUUGGAGCAGCAAAAGCUCUAGAGUAUCUCCAUGAGGCCUGCCGGCUGCCAGUUAUACAUCAGAAAUUUGGGUCAACUAAUAUUCUCCUUGAUGAUGAGCUAAGAGUGCGAGUGUCUGAUUGUGGUCUGGCUUCGUUAAUGUCAUCUGUGUCUGUAUCUCAGUUCUCUGGUAGUGGACUUGCACACAGAUAUGGUUACGAGGCACCAGAAUUGAGCGACUCAGCAGUGUAUACUGAUAAAUGUGACGUUUAUAGCUUUGGUGUGGUCAUGUUAGAACUCCUAACAGGCCGGAAGGCAUAUGACAGCUCUAGACAUCGAGGAGAACAACAUUUGGUGAGAUGGGCCUGUUAUCAGCUUCAUGAUAUCAAUGCUCUAUCACAAAUGGUAGAUCCUUCUAUUGCAGGAAACUGCUCUCAGAAAUCACUUUCACGGUUUGCUGACAUUAUAAGCCGUUGUAUUCAGCGAGGAGCAGAGUUCAGACCCCCAAUGUCCCAAGUUGUCCAAGAUCUGACUCUUAUGCUAGAGGAUGCUUCUAGGGGAACAUAAGAGACCUGCUGUCUGCCUUUAAGCUUCUUCUCUCUUAGAUUGACAAAGAUUUUCUGCAUGUUUAUUUAUUGGUAAACCUGUUUGGCACCUGUUUUGCUCCAUAGUUUUUGUACACCAGAUUGUUACUGUUGGAUGAGUUAUUUUGUUCUUGAAACCUGACUGACAAUGAUUUCUUUAAAUUUUCAGUUCACUUAGAUA